AUGUCUAUCAACCGCAUGAGCAUUAAGUAUGUGCUCAACACUGUUGAGCCAGAUACUAGUAUCUAUGACGGGGGCCAAGCGCUAUUUGAGAGCUCAAUUGACCAAUGCUAUGAGGCAGACAGUGUUCCGCCGAGUUAUCAGCCAUUACCCGAGUGGCCUUCCACUACACAUCGGCAUAAAUAUCCCUAG